AUGGAGAGACAGGCCCAGGACCAGGACUCUCAGUAUGUCUGCUUCACCCUGGUGCUCUCCGUUCCCCCCCAGUAUCCCAACAAAGCUCCGGAAAUCUCGAUCAGAAACCCGCGGGGCCUGUCAGAUGAGCAAAUCCAAAAGAUUUCCCAGACCCUCAAAAGUGUUGCUGAAGCCAGGCUGGGGACAGAGGUGCUCUAUGAACUGAUUGAGAAAGGGAAGGAGAUUCUCACCGACAACAACAUUCCUCACGGCCAGUGUGUGAUCUGCCUCUAUGGAUUCCAGGAGAGAGAAGCCUUCACAAAGACCCAGUGCUACCACUACUUCCAUUCCCACUGCCUGGCCCGCUACGCCCAGCACAUGGAGGAGGAGAUCCUCGUGCAGCAGGAGGAGAGAGAGCAGCACCUGGCGCCAUCCCCCAAACAGGAGGUCGGUGUGCAGUGCCCUGUCUGCCGGGAGACACUGGUCUACGAUCUCUGUGCUCUGAAGGCAGCACCGCCCCCGCAGCACCCUCUGGAGAUGUACAGGCCGGAUGCCAAGAUGCUGCAGCAGCAGGAAGAGCUGCGCUUAAUUUUCAAGAGACAGCAAGAGAAAGGGGGCAUCAUUGACCCUGAAGCAGAGAGGAACCGUUACUUCAUCAGCCUCCAGGCGCCUCCAGCUGCUGUUGAUCCAGGCAAAGCAGCUGCUGCCUCUGAGCUGCCGGUGAGUGCAAGCGCUGUGGACGUGCCCCAGCCGCCCAGCCAAGCCUUGGCUCCAGAGCCAGCCAGGGCGCCGGAGGCCCAGGCAGAACCCGGGCAGCCUCCUGUGCCCAGAGAGCAACAGAGCAAGAGGGAGAGGCACAGAGGGGAGAGGCUGGGCCCCAGAGGCCAGGGCAGGCAGUCAUGCAGUGGCUUGCAGGAGCCGGCAGAGGAAGUCUGUCAUCCACUCAAUGGCUCCAGGGUGCCCAGGGGCUUCAGCCGGAGACCGGAGCGGAGACCCAGUGGGAGGCACAGCCAGGAGUUCCCCAAACCUCCCAGCAGAAGCAGGGCUGCAGCCUUGGCUGAAAGAAAGGAGUUGUGCCCUGAAGACCCUUCCCCAGUAACAGAGGUAGUGGACUUGAAAGAGGAGCACUGUGACGUGAAGAGAUGGACCCAGGAGGAGGGGGCUGAGGCGCAGGGCAGGGAGAAGGAGAACCUGGUGUUCAACCGCAGCGACCACAGAGCAGCUCCCAGCUGGCAGGGCCACCACCGGCCCUGGGACUGUGGGAGGUGGGAUAGGUCCAGAGUCCAGGAGCGUGGUUCCUACCCCAGAGCGCCAAGAGGGCGAGGGGUGUUCAGGCCCAAUGGACGACGAGAAGCCCAUCUCCUUGAGAAGGAGAGCGGCUCCUAGCAGGAGUGGUGAGGAGCUGGGCUGGGGGAGGAGGGAAGAGCUGUUUCUGGGGAGAAUCGUGAAGGCUCUGGUGGAGCAGUAGCAAGCAGACACCAUACCCCUGGGGAGGGAGGAGGCAGUUGGCAUGUGGCACAGCUUGGGACAGGCAGCAUCUCCAGAGUAUGUGCAGAGUGAAGCAUCCUGGCAUGAGUGACUGGCUGUCACUAGCAUUGAAGAAGUUGACUCCUGACAGAUCACUUCAGCCUUGGGUCUCAGAGGACCCAGGGAACAGAGGAAUCCUUGACCAGGGACCUGCAGUCAUCACCCCUGUAUGUGAGCUGCCAAGAAACAUGCAUGCCUACAGAGCAAAUGGACUGAGCCCAGCGUGGUGCCAUGGCAGAGCCCGAGGGGUGGGACCUUCCCUGGAAGACAGUGUCCCAGUGGAGCCAUGGUGGUGCCAAGUGAUGAGGCUGUGCUGGUCAUUGUGUCCCCCGUUCCUUCUCAAAGCACCUUCUCAGCUGCUGUCCCUGUCCCUUGGAGACAACAUCACUUCUUCUCUAGCCCUGACCAUUCAGCUGAUGGGCUCAGCCAGGCAAGUCUGUUGUACAACAGGACAUUUCCCAGUCCCAGCCAGAAGAGAUAAAUUAAGCUUAGGUCAAUGCAUUGGCAGGUCAGGGCUGGCUGAGGCUUUGGGUUGGCUCCUGCUCCCCCAGGAAGCCUGAAUUUAGCUGGAGCUCCUGCCCUAUCCUUCAGCUACUUUUUGCAGGCAGAAGCUGUUGGAGACACCUGGGAAGAGCACUCUGCUUUCCAACCUGUAUUUGUUGGGAUCCCCCUCCAAGGCCAGGCUGUCUCUUGAAACUUCCAACAGCCCAGAAUGAAGACAUGAUGCAAUAUUUUGGAUACUCUUACCCUCCUUUCAUCUUCAAGCUGAUCUUGCUUCAGAGAAAUGAGGAUUUAUUGUCUAAACUAGUUUGGUGCAGUUCCUUCUGUUGUUGCUUCACAUAUUUAAAGUGUCUCAUUCCAAAGCAGUGCUGGGUGAUCCCAAGCCUCUGAAGUGGGACACUGCCGUUAAAAUAAUUUGUUGGGUCUUCUCUGGAGCCUGUUCCCUUUGUUUUCUUUGCCCUCUCACUCCUGUCCUUUGCUGUUUGGAGCAAAGGUGUUGAUCCCUGGUAUUCUCGCUCCCCUCCUUGCUCCCUACGCCCAGGGCUGGGGCAGAGACCUUCCCCUGGCACUCCUGGGUGGCAGGAGGGCUCCCUGGUCCCUGCUUUGCCUGGCUCAGUGUAAGCUGCCUGACUCACCCAGACAGUACCAGUUCCUUCACACUUGUUUGUGCCUUGUGCCCCCACCUCUCUUUUGGCCACAUGUGGGUUGUUACUGUCUUCCUUCUCCUGCUGAGUGCAAAAAUGGCUGCACCAUGAUGGGCUUGCCAGAGCCUUGGGUGAGAUCCCUCCAAAACCAAGGGCUGUGUGCCACCUGGGAGGGCAUUUGUGCUGUAUCUGCCAGGCUGAUCCUUUGGCACACAAAGGGUGCACAGAAGCUCUUUUGAACUUGCUGCCCUGCACUCUCCACACCUGACCUUGUCCUGAAGGGGUUGGUUUAACGUGCUGCCCAAGAACCAUCUGUAUUUCAGUUUCCCAAGACUGGCUUAAUACUCUAAAAGCAUUAUUUUUUUUUUUUCCCCUCCUUGGUCUGAGCCUACACUACCUGUCCUGGGCUUGGAGAUCUCAGAGCCAGACAUUGUGCCCUGCUGGGGACAAAGGCUGAGCACUCGCUCCCUGAUUUUUAUUCAGUGCUCACUCUCCUUGUUCCAGCUGGUUCCUGGGCAAAUGACCUGUCCACAUUUGGGUGAAGAGGUGUAAACUUGACAUUGGUGCUUGUUCUACUGCCUCCUGUGUUCACUCGUGAAAUUGCUGUGCUCCAAGAAAGGCAUUUGAUUAUUACCUGAAAGAAACACGAAGAUCUCUGCCCCUCACAGCAGCUGAAGCUCCUUCACCUCUUCCUAAGCCAAGCUUACUCUCAGCAGGAAAGCUGCUGUGCUGUGUUUGGAGCAUGGGAGUUCAGCCAUGGAAAUUGGAGUGAGUGAAGACUUGGGUAACUUCAAUCAAAUGCCAGACACGUUAGAGUGGACAUUUUUUCCUGGGAGUAGAGUUUUAGGAAGGCCCCUCACCUCUCUCCCUAACUGCUGUCAGCCUAGAGCAGAGGACAUUUUGCAAUUGUGUGGAAAUUAAUUUGGGCUAAACAAAACAAACCUCCAGGUCAGAGGAAAGGAAUGGAGCCUGCGCCCUGCCCUGGGGCUCCUUGCUUGGUGUCUGCCUGUGUUACCCACCUACCUCACAGGGCUGUUGUGAGGCUUAACUGGCAAAGGGCACCGGUGGAGGCUGUAGCAUUAACACUAUUAAAAGCAAGCAG